UUUCUUUCACCGUCCUAGAGGCAGACUGAACUGAAAAACCUAGACUUUGCAGGUUAAAAUCCGGAGAGCUAAUGACAGUGGCCUCACGUAGGCUCCAACUACCAAAGCACAUGGAAAGCAAUGGUAGGGCCUACUCCUCUCCACCUCCCUGGAUGGCUGUGGAUAGUCCACAAUGGCCAGGCACCAACUUUGAAGUGCCACCACCUGAUCGUCCCUCAUCAGCUAUGCUCAGACUACAUAUUCUAACCUCAGCACCUCUGAAGCCCUUCACUUUGAUUCCUCCUGUCUAGCCCAGAUUAAAAACUCCUGCCCUCCUCCAAGAUCAAACGCAUCAAGACCUCAUCGCUCGUGUACCACCAGGGAAAUAUUAAUACUGCAUCACAUAGACGCCCCCAAAGUUCUCCUUGGUAGGCUAUAAAUGCCGGACCAAGACACCUGCAUGGUUCUCUACGCGACACACCAUCACUGCUACUCCUCCCUACCGGCAAGCUUUCGCUGCAGACAGGAACCUAACACACACUUGUUCACUCCCCAAACUCUUUCUUCCCUCCAGCAGAACGGCCAUGAAUCACCUCUCCCAGGAGCACCCCCAGGCCUGGCCCUGGGGUGUAGCCAUGUACACGAACCUACACUACCACCACUACUACGAGAAGGAGCACCUGUUCGAGAAGCCCCUGACGCCAAGUGAUGUAGGCAAGCUCAACAGACUGGUGAUCCCCAAGCAGCAUGCCGAGAGGUACUUUCCCCUCAGCGGUGACUCCGGCGAAAAGGGCCUGAUCCUGUCCUUCGAGGAUGAGGCCGGCAAGCCGUGGAGGUUCCGGUACUCAUACUGGACUAGCAGCCAGAGCUACGUGCUUACGAAGGGCUGGAGCCGGUACAUCAAAGAGAAGCAACUUGAUGCUGGUGACGUAGUGCACUUUGAGAGGAUGCGAGGCUUUGGCAUGGCUGACCGCCUGUUCAUCAGCUACAGGCGCCGCAGUGAGAGUGCAACAGGAGCUGCUGCAUCUCCAGCCGCCGUGUGUGUAGCGGACCCUGCACAGAGUGCUGGCGGAGAGCAGCAGCCUUGGAGCCCAAUGUGCUACAGCACAUCAGGUUCAUACCCAACCAGCCCGGCCAAUUCCCAUGCCUACCGUCACUCAGUGGACCAUGAUCACAGCAACAUGCAACAUGCAGGAGAAUCUCGAUACAACAGGAGUUGCAGUGCAGCAUCAGCACCACCUCGGCGGCUCCGGCUGUUCGGCGUGAACCUUGACUGUGGGCCGGAACCGGAGCCAGAGCCGGAGACACCAACGACAAUGUACAGCUACAUGCAUCAAAGCCCGUAUGCUCCCAAUACCUGAAUUCAAUUUGACAGGGGCAGUCCAUAACAACAACAUGAGGAGGAGUUUUAGGCUAUGCUUGCAGAAUCCAAACAACCAAAGUAGUUGCUAGCAGCAGCCUAGUACUACUUGCACAAAGUGACAGGUUUGAAUUGACCUGUGCAAAGAAAAGGAAGUGGAGAGAUCCCUUGUUUCCCGGGCAAUCUUCCUUCCAUCUCCACAGUGUCGCCUUUUGCUGUUUCUUUUUUCUUUUUUCCUUGGCUUCCAGAAACCCUACUUACUGUACGGGAUCUGGCAACAGCCAUGCGUGGGAGGUUUCAGCAAACAUCAAGUAGCGAAGGAGAUCGAAGGGGAGACAAACAGAGAUGUGUACGUAUGUGUCAUCUGUAUCUGUGUGGGUCCAGUCAACAACAAAACUGUGACGUUGAUGUAUCCAGGCCUGCUUCUUGAACAAACAAAGCAAUAUCUCCAUGGGGAUUUUGUUC